GACUCCGCAGCUUCCCGUACCAAAACACGGAAGCGGCGACACCAGGAUGGACAAAACAUCUAAAAUGCACCGAGACUAGUUACACGAUGAUUUAUACAUUUUACAUUAGUUCAGAUGGAUUCCAGUUUGUAUGCAUUCGUUUUAUUUUGGCAGCGUUUUAUCCAUAGUGUUUAAAAAAACCUGCUAACGAGGCUGAGCAGCUUAGCUUGUUAGCAGCGGUGCUAAUAAUAAUAAUAAUAAUAAUAUAAAUAAAUAAAAUAAAUACAUUAAAUGGUGCAGAACAUGUUUCGGACCGGGUUUCUAGUUCGGGCCACACACACCCUGCUAACGUGGGUCGUAACCCUCAUACUGUUCUUUCACACACCGGUAAAUUUGCGAAAGUGUGAGGAGCGAGGAGAGUUGUUGCUGCCGGUUCUGUUCUUCCUCGUGGUCGUGCUGUCGGUGCUGUUAUACUUUGCUGUUUCUCUAAUGGACCCUGGCUUUGUGCUCACUGACACGAUCAAGGGUGUUCAGGGUUCAGAUGAGGAAAUGGAGUCGAUGAUACCUCAGCCUUCGACCCCUCGGCUGCGGCGCUGCGGGUACUGCCUGCUGCAGCAGCCAAUGAGAGCGAAGCACUGUCAGACGUGUAAGCGCUGCGUUCGUCGCUUCGACCAUCACUGUCCGUGGAUCGAGAACUGUGUGGGAGAAAGGAACCACCGCUGGUUCAUCGUCUACCUGCUGGUGCAGCUGCUCGCUCUGCUGUGGGCUCUUCACAUCGCUCUGUCUGGCAUCUCACCCACCAUCACAUGGGAGCUGUGGUUCAGAGUCAAUGGGUUCCUGUUGGCGGUGCUUGGUGUCGUUGGUAUUUUCUCUGUGGUGGUGGUUCUGCUGCUGGGCUGCCACCUCUACCUUGUCUCCAUCAACUGCACCACCUGGGAGUUCAUGUCACGUCACAGGAUCUCGUACCUGAAGAACUGUGGAAACGAGGAGAACCCCUUUGAUCGCGGAGUCUUCUGCAACCUGUGGGAUUUCUUCUGCAUCUGCAGGACGGUGGUGUGGGAGCAGAUGUACAGCAGGAACAGAAACACCACAAAUUCCGUAUGACCUCCAACCAGACAGCAGAAAAUCUGAAUUGCAUUUUUUAAAAUUUGAAUAUCAAAACAUGAUAUCUUAGUUUGCUAGCUUUGAGUACAAACUAGCAUAGUUUAAAACAAACCUUUUAACUAUAUGGUUGUGUUAGUCUUACAGACAGGAACAGCUGAGAGAGGGGGGGGGGGGGGGGCAGAGAGACGGGAAGAGAGAGGGGGGUCGAUUACAUUCAGCAAAGUUUGGAAUAGCACCCAGGCCACUGUGGUAAGGACUCAGCCUUAGUACAUAACAUGCUGUACCACGUGAGCUAUUGGGCCACCCUGGAUUGCCCUUAAAUUUUGUAGCGAGUCCUCAGAGGAUCAGUUUUAAUGACUUUGGUGUAUGGCUCUGCGUGCUGCUCCCUGAAUCAGCAGUCUGAAAAUAUCUUGAUUUAUAGAUUUUUUUUUUUUACUGUUGUAAACACUCUGACACCUUAGAUGUCUUACCUGUAAGACCUUUGUUUAUCAGCUUUAAGGCGCAAUGUCCGAUUUCCAGUAAGAGAAAGCCGGAGCUGAGAGCCAACAGAAACAAUGAGCCGUGCCGCUCCCCGUUCCUCAUUUUGUGGUCAUUUUGAGACAAGAAGCUAUUUGUAAAGUUUAAGUUAAGUUGAGUUGUAAAGUUAAUGUUAUAGUCCGCCGUGCUGUUCCCCCUGGAUCGCUUUGAGUACAAUGAAGUUGAAAGAAAGUGCAGCGAUUCAAAGGACAAAAUGCGAUCCGGCUGUUAGGGGACAGCCCUACUUUGGUGAUCCUCUGCCUUUUCUUACCACCACGAGGUUCACUGUUGGUGUUUGUCCUAACCUGGCUCAGACAUUCAUGAUCCCCUCAGGAUGAAUUGUAAUCGUUUUGGUCAUCCUCUGAUUAUUUUUCUAGUGCCUUCAUCAGGUGAAAAUGUAAAAAGGUUAUGACCAAAUACCUACAAAACUAGUUCCCAUCAGCCCCAGCUGUACUUUGUGUUAAAUGCUAUGUAGCAAACGUUAGUGUGCUAACAUACUGAACCAACAGACUCAGAUGGAGAACAGGCUCAAAGCACUGCAGUGCUUAAAGGUCGAGUGGGCAGGAUUUAGUGGCAUGUAGUGAUGAGGCUGUAGAUUGCAACCAACUGAAUGUCCUUCGCCUCACCCUCCAAACGUUAAGGACAAACUAUGGUGUCCAUGAAACAUGCAUAAGGCUAUAGCUAGUGUUUGAUUCCCUUUGCCGACAUGGUAGAUAUGAACUGUACGAUGUAUGUAUGUAUGCAUAAACACUGUAGGUACAAAGGGCUAAACACAACUAUUGUUAUUUUCAGGUGACUAUACACUGAUGAAAACACAGGUAUGAAUAUUAAUUCUACCAUAUUCUGUAAAUAAAUCUCCCUAAAUAUCACACACCAGACCUUUAAGUGUAGCCUCACAGAGCUAUUAGUGUGGCUCUAAGUAUUGUUUUCAUUGAACAAAGUGAUUUUUAAACUUCUUUUCUAAGAUGUUUUGACCAGUCGUACUCUCCUGGUGUGUUGCCCGUUACGGUAUGAAAAAGAACAGAAAUAUGAUGAAUUAUUGUAUUAAUGUUUUUUUGAAAGAAAGAAGAAAACUACUCAGUCUGAUUGAAACAUUUUUUCCUCAGGUUUGGUCACCACUUUCUCUACCGUAAAUGUUUCUGUUGUUGCCUCAUGAGAGUGGUGACCCCAUGUUGUCACACUAAUUGCCUUUAUUCCCUGCAACUGUAUGUCCUGUGCCUUUGGUUUAAUGUAACUUGUAUGUAUGUUUGGUUUUAUGUAACUUGUAAAAAUUAAUUUAAUUCUGAGAAUCUUCACACUGAGAGCCAAAUAUUUUACAAACCUUUUUUUUACUGUAUUUGUUCUGUUUGUAUUUAUUGACAACAAGAGUACAUUAAAACACUGAUGAUAUGCA